AUGGCGAAAAUAUUCACGCGGCAGCAGGUAAGCGAGCUCGAGAGCAAGGAAAACGCGGCAAUCAUCAUUGAUAACGUAGUGUAUGAUGUUAGCGGCUUCCUGGAAGACCACCCCGGAGGGCCCGAAGUGUUACUGAACAACGCCGGCCGCGACGCCUCUCGCUGCUUUCACGAGGUUGGCCAUAGUGAGGACGCACGUGCCUGGCGCGAGCGCUUCCGCAUCGGGGAGAUAGCACCCGAAGAUCAUUGGGAGGUAGUCACGCCACCUCCGGCGCUUGAUGUCGCCGCUACGAAGCUCACCUGGAGCGGAGCGUUGGACGUACUAGCGCCGCCGCUGCUGUUCGCAGCCGUUGCUGUUCUCGGAUACCUUUAUUUCUUUUAA